CCGCCCCGCCUCAUUAUAACGGAAAGCUCAGCCGGCGCCUCAGCCCAGAGAGAGAGUGAGCGAAGGGAGAAGAAAGAAAAGAGAGAGGGAGGGGAAAAAAAAGGGAGAGGAUAAAAAAAAGUUGCAUAGAUUUUUGACAGGACAAAAGAAGGGAAAACGAAAAAAGGAAUUGACUUUUCUCCCUUUAUUUUUCUUUCGAAGUUCCCCCUCUUUCUUGAAGAGAGCCAUUUUUUUAUUUCCCCCUCCCCUUUCUCGACGCACACCAUCCGUGAGCUGGGAGUUUUCUCUCUCUCUUAUUUUUUUUGGGCUGGUUACCUCUUUUCCCCCCCCCGCCCUCUUGUUUUUCCCCCCCCCAUUUUAUUUUUUUUUUUGUUUCUUAUUUUAUUUUCUCCUCAUUUUUGUUUCUGUUGAGCGAGGGAGAUACUGUAUUUAGACCAUGUCCGGCUGGCACUGUUAUGUGGAAAACCUGAUGGCCGAUGGAAACUGCCAGGACUCGGCCGUCGUCGGCUACACGGACGCCAAGUACGUCUGGGCAGCGACUCCCGGAGGCACCUUCUCGGUUGUAACGCCUACAGAAAUAGAUGUGCUAGUUGGAAAGGAUCGCCAAAGCUUCUACACCCAUGGCUUAGUCCUGGGUGGAAAGAAGUGCUCUGUUAUCAGAGAUCAGCUGUUUACUGAUGGUGAAUUCACAAUGGACUUGAGGACUAAGAGCCAAACUGGAGAAGCAACGUACAAUGUUUCUGUUGCCAGAGCUGGCAAAAUCUUGGUCUUUGUAAUGGGAAAAGAAGGGAUCCACGGAGGAAUCCUCAAUAAAAAGGCAUUCUUGAUGGCAAAAUACUUGAGAGAAUCUGGAUUCUAGUUAGCCAGAAUUCCUAUUCAGUAGUUUAAAAAAAUUGCUAUUAAAGUUUCCUUUAGCAGUCACCUACUCUUUCACAUUGAAGUUACAGAAAGCUUAAUAGCAGUGCAGGGUUGUGGGGAUAUGAACCCAUGUCUCCUUCAUAUCCCUGUAUUGGUGGGGAAAGUUUAAAUUUUUCAUUUUUUUUUUUCUCCUUUGUGUGCUCCAGCAUUGGUUGUCAUGGGAAAGGAAAGUGUCCAUGGAGGGGUACUCAACAAGAAAACAUUUACCAUGGUUACAUACCUGAGGAAUUCUGGAUACUAAGUAGCCUCUUCCCAUCCACGUAGCAACUCAUUCAUCCUCACUACCCAAUUGAAUUGGCAGUGCUACCAGGGUGUAGUUGGUAGAAUUUUUUUUUUUUUAGUUUAUCCACUUCUGAUCACAUUUAUUCCCAUUGCCCCUUUACUACUUAAUUGUAAUAACAUUGUAGGUGUAAUGGAAAGUAAAUCCCAUGUUUUGACACCAUUAGCACAAUAACUAAAUGGUGAUGUGCAUGUUAUUACUUCUGAUAUUGUUGCAAAAAAUAGGGCUGACUUGCUAAGCCUGGGCAUUGCUUUGUUUUAGCAUUUAGAGAAUUAAUUGACAUCCAGAAUCACCAAACCAGGUACUGAUUAUUCUCUCUCCUUCCACUUCCCUAUUGAAGUGCUUUUUUAAAAUUAAAGAAGGUGCUGGUAGUACAAUUUCAAAUUAAGUGUUGCUGAGUCAGCACUUCUGCGAAGUUGCAGAGCUCAUCUAGUCUUCCUGUUUUCGUUUGAGCAUGUUGGGAGGGUAACUGCAUCCAUUAUCUGCUUGCCAUAAUAUUUGUUUUAUGCUUUCCUGUACAUCCAUUACCCAUUCUCAUUGUUAAAACAUCUGGAUUUUCCUUCAGUUUCAUUACUUGUAAAUGAGUCAUAAUGGAUAACUUUGCAUCAGUUUUGUGGAUGCAGUCUUAACAUGAAUGCCUAACUGUAGUAUUAGACCUUGUGCAUUCUGACUUCAUGGGUGUAAUUGCAGAACUGCUCCAGGUGUGUGUAAAUGAUUUUUUUCCUCCCCAUGGACAUGUCACAAUCCUGACUUUUUGAUCAGGUUUAAUCUCCAGGGACAUUCCAUCUUUGCAGUAGCUCAGGCACUUAAAAAUAUUGUUUUGCCAGCUCCUUUUUAAUGUAAGUUAACUUUUUAACAAAGGUUGCCAUUUUGAACAGUAGAUAUCCCAAACACAACCAUCUGGAGUGUGUCCGGUUUUGAGUGCUUCAUAGGACCAAUUAAGUUGCAGCUUGGGGUUUUUUUAAAUGAGGACAGACUGCUGUGUGAUGCCAUUGUAAAGGACUGCUGCCACUCAAUACGGCAUUAGCAAUUUGGAUGAAUAUAUUCAAAUUUUUUCAUGAAUGUUGGUUGAUGGUCAUUGCUUUUGUUAGUAUCUGUGGGUGGCAGUUUCCUACAUAGAAAAUUACAAACUGUUCAUUUUAAAAUCUUUCAAAUCAAGGGAAUUGAUGCAUUAGACCUGGUGAGCCCAUGCUGCAGAAGGAAACUGUGGAAGAAUUGCCUUGUGCUCAUAGUUUUUGAAAUCUGUGGAAAUGUCUGUUUUUGAGCACAGUACUAACUUAUGUUCCGUUCAAACAAAAUUAUAAACCUUCUGUAUUCACAUGAAUAAAACGGGAGAUGGUAUUGGUUGGAAUAAUCACACUUGGCUGUCUUGUGAAAUUAUUUUGCAAAUGUUUGUGUAUCCUGUGCCAUACUGCAUAGAGAUUUGAUCUGUUGCUGUUGUGAGAUGGAUUUUAACUGCCACUGCAAGGCUUUCAGUUGAACGGCACUUCCUUCCUUAGGGGCGUUAUUCUAGCAUAUACUCAAUGUUCAGGCCUUGUGAAAUAUGUACAGAUUUAAAAAUUCUUGUUGCUGACUUGUCCAUUUUCUUUCCCUGCACUUUUGUUACAUCUGGGAUACAGUCUAACUCAUCUGAUUUAAUAUGCAUUUACGAAAUGCCAUAACUGUUAAACCACCUUGUUUACAGACAGACGAAAUAAAUCUAUUCCAACCAAAUGUUGGCUGUAUGUUUUUGUAUGGUGGGGGAGGGUGUCUGAUUAUGAAUCAAAGAAUAUGAAUCAAAUGUGAAAAUAAAUGCAUUAGUCUUACUGUACCACUAUUGUUUAUAAACAGUCUGUUGUGAAAUACAA